UUUCCUCAAGUUCUUCCUCAAGUGCAACCAGAACUGCCUGAAGAACGCGGGGAACCCGCGGGACAUGCGCCGCUUCCAGGUGGUGGUGUCAACGACGGUGAAUGUCGACGGGCACGUCCUGGCGGUGUCUGAUAACAUGUUCGUCCACAACAACUCGAAGCACGGGCGCCGGGCGCGACGGCUGGACCCCUCCGAAGCAGCCACCCCCUGCAUCAAGGCCAUCAGCCCCAGCGAAGGGUGGACAACGGGCGGCGCCACCGUCAUCGUCAUCGGCGACAACUUCUUUGACGGGCUGCAGGUCGUCUUCGGCACCAUGCUGGUGUGGAGCGAGCUGAUCACCCCUCACGCCAUCCGGGUGCAGACGCCGCCCCGCCACAUCCCCGGCGUGGUGGAGGUGACGCUCUCCUACAAGUCGAAGCAGUUCUGCAAAGGAGCGCCCGGCCGCUUUGUUUACACAGCACUGAACGAGCCGACCAUUGACUACGGGUUCCAGCGGCUGCAGAAGGUGAUCCCCCGACACCCCGGAGACCCCGAGCGCUUACCCAAGGAAGUCCUGCUGAAGAGGGCGGCAGACCUGGUGGAGGCCCUGUACGGGAUGCCACACAAUAACCAGGACGUCAUCCUGAAGCGAGCGGCAGACAUCGCCGAGGCCCUGUACAGCGUCCCGCGCACCCCCAGCCAGCUGGCAUCGCUGGCCGGGAACCACGCCCACGCCGGCAUGCUGGGCGGCAACUCCUUCGGGAGCCAGCUGGCCAUCAACAUCAGCGACUCAGCCCCGGGCACCGAGCAAGGCUAUGCCCGCAACACGAGCAGCGUCUCGCCGCGAGGCUACGCGCCCAGCUCCACCCCGCAGCAGAGCGGCUACAACACCAUCACGUCCAGCAUGAAUGGCUACGGGGGGGCGGCCAUGACCGGCCUCGGGGUGCCCGGCUCCCCCAGCUUCCUCAACGGCUCCACCGCCAACUCCCCCUAUGCCAUCAUGCCCUCCAGCCCCCCGCUGGGCGCCUCCUCCAUCACUCUCCCAUCCGGCGCCAGCUCCUCCACCCCCGCCGGCGUCUUCUCCUUCUCCCCGGUCAACAUGAUCUCCGCCGUCAAGCAGAAGAGCGCCUUCGCCCCCGUGGUGCGGCCGCCCACCUCCCCCACCCCCACCUGCACCAGCACCAACGGGAACGGCCUGCAGGUCUUUCGAGGACUCCGACAAGUUUCACCCCCCAGCUCGGUCACUCCAAGGACUGGCCUAUUCCUAAACACACUCUGUCGGGUCUCAUUGUGCCACCCAUGUGACCCAGGACUGGACCAGGACCCCGGAGGGAGCAGACCACACACGGGGACCGAACCUCACCAUUGACUCUGGGGCCCCCAGGGGCUGCAGGGGGGCUCAUGACCACAGCUCCCCCGCUCCAAAGGACGCUGCUGCUGUGGCGGCUUGGUGGGAAGGCAGGCUGCGGCUGGAGGGGAAGCCGUGCCCUCUAGCCAGGGGCAGUUCUCCUGCCAAGCUCCCCCCAGGACCUGGCUGCACGGACCGCAGGCUGGAUCCCUCCACGGGGUCGUGCAAAGGAGUGGGGUCUGGCUGGGGGCAGGGGGUCUCUGACUGCACCUUGCCCUCCUUCUUGCGGGGGGCUCCCCCCGGCUGCCCCAGCCUGGCACAGGAAUGCCGAUCCCAGCCGCCCCAGGUGGAGAGCUCCCGGUAACACCCCCCCCAGCGGCACGAGGCUAGAUGAGGGGCACUGCUGUGGGGGGAAGGGCCCCUGCUGGGGACCUCUGCCCCAUGGCUCUGCUCUGGGGCUUGAGACGGGAGCUCAGAGAGGGCAGCAGCCCAAGCACAGGUUCUGGGGCCAGGACUCUUGGGUUCUGAUCCCGGCUCUGCCCGACUCCCGCUGUAGCCUUGGCGACGUGCUGCCCUUCUUCGGCCCUGUCUGGAAAGGGGGCGGGCAGGGGGUCGAGGGUGAUGUAGUGGCUGGGCCGGAUUCUGGUCCCUGGAGCGCUGGCACCACCAGGGCUGACCAGAGCCUGGCCCAGCUCGGGGGGCCCAGGGGUGACAGCCCCCUGCGGGAGCUGACAACGUGUCCUGCGCCCCCCAGCAUCUGAACUAGCUGCCCAGGGUCCAGGGAAUCCCAGAGACCUGGAGGUGGGAACUGACCAUUCCCACAGUAACCAAACUUUGUUAUUUUAACGUCAAAACCCCAAAGCCCAGCUCAGGGCCGGGCUGGAGUUUGGGGGCAGAGGGUCAGGGCUAUUCGUGCCUUUCGCCCUGGCCGGGCCCCUUCUACAUGCUGGGCAAACCCUAGGCAGAGUCGCUCCCGGCUCACCCGCUUGGUUUCCCUCCUGCCUGGCCCCGCAUCUCUGGAAGGGUCACCUGAGCAGGGGGCAGGGGCAACGCGGGAGGGGCGCACGGCACAGACCCCGGCACAACCCAGAGCCCGCAGCGUUCAGACCCCGGGGCUAGAACCGCAGCUGCUUGGUUGGCAGCGCACGCCCCUGCCCCUCCCUUCCCAGCUCGGCUCGUGGGCUGGACGCUCAGCACCGGGACAUUCCCAGAUGUUCCCAGCCAGCUGUGGAGCCGCCCACCCCCAGACUCCCCACAGGCCGCUGGGUCCAUGGCAGCCAGCACCGGACGCUGGAGUCCCCAGUGCGGAACAGCCUCAUAAGCCCUGGCCUCUGCGCUGGGCGGGGUUGUUUGGUGUGGAGCUCAGCCAGGCCUGGCCGGGCCAAGCAGAGGAGGAACCGGAGCCCAGGCCAGCUGCUGCUUUGCUCUCCGAGGGCCGCCUCUAACGCCCACCGGGGUCCCUGGGCCCCCUGGGCCGGGGUCCGGCCUCUGCCCUUCCCCUGGCCCGGGGCAGGAAUUAACAAAGCGUGAGAGGCCCAGGCCAGCUCCACCGAAAGGCAGCACCUGAGGCCGCACGCACGGCCCUGCCGCGCUGGGAGAAACGCGGGGUAAAAACCCAGCGCUGGCCUGUUCCUUUCGGCUCCGGUUUCACCCCGCAGAGCCAGGCCCCUGGGCGCAGACCCGAGCCAGAGCUGACAGCUUUGAGAUGUACUAAACGCCCCCAGCGCCAGCACCAGCCCCACGCCCGGGGGCAGGAUGGGUUUAGGGCUCGUUCGCCCCAGGCGGCAGCGUGGGCCCAGACUGUGUAAAUAACGAAAGGGGAAGGCCCUGGCGCCGGCUGGGCCCCCGGCUUCUCCGUGUGGCUCGUUGCCAGGCGAGCGCCUCCCCCACGCUGAGGUUUUCACUCUGUCCGUCCUGUGUCUGUGACGCCUGUACAGUAGCCCUGGCACUACCUUCAUGCACUGUGUAGCUGUAAGCACAUGUAAAGGAAUAUUAGCCUCGUUACCCCCACUAGGCGCUGGGGCUGGAAUAUACUGCCUGACGCUGCCUUCC